GGAUGGCUUUAGCUACAACACCAAUGGUAAACGGAAUGAUCCGGCCGGCGUGCAAACGUCGCAUGGAGAAACCAGCGGUCGUGGUUAUGGAGGACACCCGUCCAUCGACGUGCUCCUAUCAUAAACAAUGCUUGUCUGUUCUCAUGGACAUUUAUGAAAAAAAUACGACAAUGUCUGACGAGGCAUAUGACAGCAAAAUGAAAAAAAUUGCCGAGAUGGUUACAUCUGCGAACGAGUCGAACACCAUAUUUCAAACGUUUUGUGGCAUAUCGUUUCUGGAUCGAUACCAAGAUACUGCAAUUAUUGCAUGCGCUAUGCAAGAUUUGGACAAGAGAAUAUCGAACUCAUCAUGGCGAAUGGAAGAGAAACUCGAAGACAAAUGCAUUCAACUGCUAACGAGAAUGGGUACAAUUGAAAACCUGAGCUCAUUAGAUGCCGAUUUUAUAUGUCUUCUAUGCCAGCUCUGCAAAUCAAGCAAUCAAUAUACAGUACUUUUUGAUUUGUUGCUUGAAAUUGGUAGAAGUGUCUGGCCCUACCUGAAACGGCCUUUAUGGAAUAGAGAACCGUUUGUAGACUUUGUUGCAGAUAUAUUUGAAACUAUUGGUAAGCGUUUGGAGGAGUUGUAUCCCAAGAACUUUUGUAUAGCGUGGAAAGUUAUUUUUGAGAAUCUUGUUGCAUCGAAGGCGGAUAUGUCGUAUUACAGCAGGUUACGGCUCUUGGCGGUCAUAGAGCACAGGCAUAAGAAAUGGACUUUGCCAAUUGACGUGGAGUUCUACAGGGAACAAAUCGAGGUAAGGAUUAAAUUUAUUGUGCAUGUUGUUAUACACAAAUUGUAAAGCUUUUUUGGGAGCGAAAAAUAUCUAAUCGUGCUUUGAAGCACCAUUCAUUGAUUCCACAAUAAAAAAACAAUGUGUAUCAAUGUACAAUGUAUAUAAUUAUUUUCAAAGUGCAAAUCAGUUUUACACAAUCGGACAGGUCUUAAAAUAUCUUUUACAAGGCCUUCUGACAAAAUGUCCGAUGACGUUCAGUUUGGGUUGGACAUAUAUAUGAUGAUGUCUGAUGACCUUCAGGACAAUGUAUUAAUUCUGAAUGGAAAAUGUUGUGAAGAUAUUAAAAAUAAUUUGUUUCUUUCAUACUUAUUUCCAAGCCAAAAUUAACUUGCUUGCUAAGAACAGCAUUAAUUAAGACUUCAACAACUUAAGCCCGUUUUCCAUUUCAUCAUUUCGCUUGCCGCCCCGCGAUUAUGAUUAUGUUAAAACAACAUUUCCAGCUCACUUUUUAUACAAUAGUGCUCUGAUUUUCCAUUUAACUCAUACAAGCCUCUGGUCCUGGAGCCCUAGGGUACAUUUUGAUUUAUGUUGGACAAAGCUACAGUUCAGUUGGACACCAAUACACUGGGGUCGGACGAAGAAUAAACCUCACUUAUGUCGGACAGAAUGUCCGGUGGCUUCCUCUCUACAUCGGACAAUUUCACGAAUGGGUUGGACAAUGUCCAUGACCGACCAAUAUUUUAAGGCCUGCAAUCGCAAACACAGAUAUUCUACUGAUUUUGAUUGUCUACUGAUAAAGCAAAAAUUGGCCCGAUUCCGAUACUGAUUAUUGGUCAUUCACUAAAAAUUUUACCCCGUCACUCCCAACAAUAUUUUUUGUUCCCACCCUGACAAAAAAAUUGAACCCCCCUCUCACGGAACACAUAUUUUGACCUUACCCCUGUGUCUAACUUCACCCCCUCCCGUGACCAUUUCCAACAAAUAUUUUGACACUAUCCCUGAGAAAACGUUUGAGUCCCUAACACAUAUUUUGAUAUCAUUCCCAAGGCUGUCCUCACGAGAAAGAAAGAAAUCUUGGCUUUUCUCGGCUUACUGUCGUCAAGGCGUAAAACCUCGCUCACUGUGAAGCCCGGUAGAUCUGCCGCAGAUUUUCUCAAGAGAAGGCAAAGUUACGAGAGCCAGGAAGUCGAAGAGCGUUGUUCUACCUCGUCUGGGGACGGUUCUGAAGCAUUGAACGAGGUGUUUGAGGAAGAUUUUGAUGAGAACGAGAGUGUUUUCUCGCCUAACACUUCGACUGAUGGUUUUAGGAAUAAAUCAUUGUCAAAUACAGGUAUUUUUUGUUGAAGAUUUGUCAUAAUAGUGCUUGCUAUAUAGACAAAUUUGUUUACACUCUGUUGCUAUGUGGACCUUUGCCCCUUUGAUUGUCGUAAAACUGUUACCCUGCUGUCGUUUUUCUGUUUCCAUUAAAACAUAACCGUCACGACACGUUUUUAGCCUGUCGCAACUGUCGUCGAGAUAGAACUCGAGUCUAUCUCGACGACACUGUUGUAACUGUCGUGAACUGUUGCCAGUGUGUCACGACAAGACUUUUCUUCAUGUUUCCAUUCGGUCGCGAACACUACACACGUAAAAAUCUCACAUCUUGUAGCAAGUCUGCCAACAAGCUGUCAACAAGUUGUGUUCGCACUGCUUGUCCCAAGUUGUCAACAAGUUUGGAACAAGCUGUUAACAACUUGCAACAACCUUGUUGAUAUUAUCAGACUUGUUCCAAGGUUGUUCCAACAAGUCCAAUACAGUCAUGAUAUAGCAGUAUUGUUACAACCAUGUGUCAUCAACCUUGUAAGUUGUAACAUUCUUGUUAUAUCAUGACUGUAUCAGACUUGUUAGAACAACCUUGUGACACGUCUGAUAAUGCCAACAAGCUUGUUAGCAGUUGUUAAAAGCUUGUUCCAAACUUGUUACACUGAACAACUAGGAACAAGCAGUGCGAACACAACUUGUUGACAGCUUGUGAACAGAUUUGUAACAACUUGUAUGCAAACCUGUAAGAACUUGUGCGUUUUUACGUGUGUGCUCUGACGACAGUUACAACACAUUCGCGACAGUUAUGACUUAUUAUUAUUAUUAUUAUUAUAAAUUUCCAAACUAGCAGUAACAACUGAAUUACUUUGGAAUUACAGGGUAUAAGAACAUAGGUAUUUAAUCUAUUCUAUAUUUACAGGUAAAAAUAGGUAAGUUAGAUAAAAAUAACGAUAAUAAUCUAAAGUUUACUUAUUAUUAUAAGCACGAGACGCAGCAGGAAUGAAACUGUUCGAAAAACGUUCAGUUCUACACCUAGGUACUAAUAAGUUGGGAUAAGACCUCAGAUUAUAAGUUUGAAGACUUUUAGGCGGUACUAAGGCAUUCAGUUUAUGAGUGGGUUCCAACAUCUUCGAAAAAAGUCGCUUGCAAUGGACAGUUCUACGUUCGUAAAGAGUCGUCAAGUUAGCUUUAAGCAAACAUUCAGCAUAGAUAGUUCCAGGGAAAAUAAUUUUUAACGCCCUUUUUUGUAUUUUUUUCAACUUGAUCACUCAGGUAAUAAGGAAGGCCAUAAUAGCUAUAGACUUAAUUUUGAUCUAGGCAAGGAAAACAAAAUCCAACACCACAGCUAGAAAGAGCAUGUUAAAAUUAGGAAAAUUGCAAAGUUUGGUUGCGAAAUGUUGUAAAAUGAGGAAAAUAUAGCCCUACGAAAUUUGCAAGUUUUGUAUUAAUUUCUAUUACGCACGGGAAAAUGCACCACUUCCGGGCCAAACGUGGUGCAUUUUCCUGUGCGUGAUACAAAUUAAUACAAAAUUUGCAAAUUUCGCAGGGCUAUAUUUUCCUUAUUUUAGAACAUUUCGCAACCAAACUUUGCAAUUUUACUAAUUUUAACAUGGUAUUUCUAGCUGUGGUGAUGGAUUUUGUUUUCCUUGCCUAGAUCAAAAUUUAUUCUAAAGCUGGAGUCAUCCAUUAACAUACCUUUGUGUUAUUCUGUGCUUCUGUAUACUAGAACAUUAUAUAGUCAGCUAGGCAUGUGAGUUGUUUAAUUUUUUUUUUUUUAUAAACAAAUGUUAGCCAAUUUUGUGUAUGAGUUAAUGGUUAUUUUUUUAUGUAAAUAUCAGAGCCCAAACCAAAUCGAGGGGAAAACACUACAAAUGGAUAUCACGAUGAAAACAACAAGAACAAUGACAGAGAAACUCUCUUGGAAACUAAAAAUUAUUCUGUUGAAGAUACUAAAAAAACUGUUUGUAUGACAGAGAGUGUAAAACAAGACUCCUGUCUGAUUGAACGGAAUGGUUGUUCAGGUGAACAUAAGGAAUUUGUAGUGGAAAGACAAAAUCGAGAUGUGGACAGAUGGAAGGAACAGCUAAAGGAACAAAGAGCAGCGAGGAAUGAGGAAAUUGAAGCUCAGAAAAUACCAAGAGAAAGUGGAAGUGAUGUACCGAAAGAUACUGGGAAUGAUGACGGGAAUGAUCACGGGAAUGAUCACGGAAAUAUCUGGCAAGAAAGUGGAAACUCAUGUCAGGAAAAUGAAGAUAGGAAGAACACGAGGAGUGAAGAGAAUCUGUCGGUGGAAACAGGGAACGGAUGGCAAGAGAUGGAAGAUAUUUGGCAGGAAAGUGACAACGCGUGGAAGGAGAACGACAUGAUAUGGCAAGACACGCAAUGUACAGGUAUAUUAAACCUUUACAGCGCCCUGAUUAAACGUAUUUGUGAAGCCGCUUUUCGCCAUGCUAGUAUUGUCCCACAGCACGUGUUGUGUCGUGGUUACCACGCUUGCCUUUCAAGCUGAGAGACUCUGGUUCAGUCCUUGGUCGGACCUCUAGUCAAGGUCUUAAAAUAAUCGAGGAGAAAGAGCUACCUUUACAUUGACAUCAGUAAAUGGUUAGACUUUUAGGCGUCUUCUCGGAUAAGGACGUUAAAAUCGUAGUUACCUCGGAUCCCCUAACAAUUGGACAAUAGCUUGUUGGGACAUUCGCUCACCAAUGAGCGAGAAAAUCGAUAAACUUAAAGCGGGUCAAAAUGCAACGUAAUUGCCUAAGCGUGAUUUCUAUAUGAUCGUAACGGACUAACGGCCGUAAAGAUUGAGUCACGAUCUUUCUCAUCAGCCGAAAUACCACAGAACUGAAAAUAGGCAGAGUGAUUAUAAAUAGAGAACACGUAUGAUUUAUACGCGGUGCACAGUUAGCAACUAUUAUAAUCUGGCCGUUGAGGAAGAUAGCGACUCGUUACGAGCAUAUGAAAACAUGGCUUUAGUUGUGAAGUAGAAACCGACACGGCUGUAUGCAAGAUUUUUUCCAACAAGUGGGGGGGGGGGGAAUACUUUUUUGCUGAAAUGACUACCCGAAGUCAUAUCGGUUAGAUGCAUGGCUGCUCCAUACAGAAUCAUACAUUCGGAUUCACGAGAUUACAAGUAGAGCCAUUUGGCUUAAGAGGAGAAUCUUUUGUAUGUCACGUAAUACGCGCUCAAAAAAAUUGGUUAUGACUAUAUUCAAUUUUUUGCAUUUCUUUCAUACGUUUCUCAAGCGGCAAACAAACUUAAAAAGUAUGUUUAGUGCUUUACCUGUAAAGUAAUGCUAAAAGGAAGAGAUUUUAGAUGGUACGCCAAAGAGAAAAUGAUGUCUGAAGUUCAGCAAGUUUUGCUUAUAUUGCUACAUGUAUAAAUAUGGCGUGAAUUUUACAGCAUCAAUGGUAAUUGUAUUUAAAUUGAAAAUUUUUUACUAUUAUUUUGUGUUUCUCAACCGCCAGAUACAUUUAAAAAGGUUUCUGAUUGUGUAAACUACAAAAUAAAGCUAAAACAAAGUAAUUUUGAGAGGAACGCCAAAAAUAUUUUAGGUUCUGAACACUUUUCAUCGGAAAUACGCGACAUUGAAAAAAAUUGCCUCUUAAUAAUUUAUAAUAACAAGUUGAAUUUUCUCGGGGCACUGUCAAGUGCCAACUCUUAUGCACUUUCAUCCCCGUCUGAUCUCUGAGACUUCACUUACCGUUUAGAUGACAAAAUAUCAAGUCUCAGAAAUGAUGACAAUGCAUCAAAUGAAACGAAUAUCAAUGUUCCUGAACAUAGAAGGUAAUGACGUAUAUUAAGAUCUCCUAGUAGCUAGAAGAUUAAAAAAUUUGGCAAUUCAGACCGAAGUUAAGGAAUAUCGUGUUUCUUAAGUGACUUUUGAAGUCACCUGACAUUGUUUUGCGUACUAAAAGGUAAAAACAGACAAAUAUAUUUUUUAGGCUACACGACAUCGUCACAACACUUAUCUGGUACCCAAUUUUUCUUCACCAAAGUUUUGAAGUUGAACAAUCUUUUAUGUACUAUUUAAAACAUGAGCAGCAGUGUUUUAUCAGAUAUGAAGAUACGAGACGAAGCCGAGUAUCUUUAGGUCUGAUAAAACACGCACUGCGAAUGUUUUAAAUUGCUUCAAAAACGAUCGAUCUAGUAAGUUCAUUGGCGAAGUAAUUUUCAAAAAAAUACGUUGUGCAUGUAAGUCGAGAAAAUCAAAGUUAAAGUUUAUGUAAAUCAAGGGAAAUUUCUAUCACAUAUAGAGAUACGACACGCUUAUAAUUUUUCUUUGUUUAAAACGGUGUAUAACGCCGAAUUUUUGACUGUAGCUAACACCCUGCUUAUACUAAAGAAUUCUUUCAAUUUUUCUGUGUAGUUUCUUGUCAGACAGAAGAAAGGAACUCGUAAAAGUCCACCAGAAAUACGUUGGAAGAGGUACAAAUGUUAAUAAUGUUAAAUUUAAUUCGUGCAAUAGUAAAACUAUUUUCAUGGAUAUAAAGGGUCAUACGAAUAAGAUAAAAGAUAAUGGCGUAAGACAGAUAAAUAGUAUUGAAUUUUUUAGAUGCAACUUUCAAAUGAUGAACUUGAUCGAAAGUAAUUAAUUUGAAUUCUUUAAUUUUAUUAAAAAAAUCCUAUUGUUUUUAUCUAAUUUGGACAAGUUUGAACAUUGAUUCUUGAACGCAAGUGGUUGGUUAAUAUUUUGAUUCGUCAUUCGUUUCAUCACGCACAAAAAUCUGAAACUUCGACUAAAGCUAACGCUGUAAUAUCAGGUUUUUGGGACAUCCUGUAUUAUUGUUUUUCCAGUGAUCGGGGCGCAAGGUAGCAGGAUAGCGUCCAUACAAGAUGAAUCUGGCGCAAGAGUACACAUUAUACGCCCACAAAAAGAAAAAGGUACGGAGAAGUGUUAGGGAGCGGUCGUUUUUUAGGGGGGGGGGGGGUCGGCACCGAAGGGAAAUGUUUUUCUUGAUAAAAAUUUUGCUGUUCCCACCGUUAAAAAGUGAAAAUUUUUUGGACCCAACCUCAAAUAUCAAUUAAAAAAUAAAUACCCAUCCCUGGCCAAAAACUUUACAAAGUGAUACGAAAGUGUUUUGUGACAUGAGUUUGAUCAAUGCUUGUGCAAUUUUCUGCAGUCUAAAGUUUCAUGUUGUCUGCACAUGUACUUUCUUUGCAGACACCAUUUGCCUCCUGACAAAUCGGAAAAUGAUCAAGAUAGCGACUUUGCCGAUUUACAUAUGACUGUUGACAUUCCUUUUUAGUCUUCAAUAUUUGAAUGAGUCAUGCUUUGGAAAUGAGAAUACAUUUGUAUUACCCAACCCUUGAGUUGUUUUUCAUUUACCCAACCUUUUACUCACUCAAAAUUUUGUUUACCCAACCCUUUUCUCUUCGUUGCCACCCCCCGCCAUAAAUAAUGACCAGUCCCUUAGAAAUGGAAGCCUAUAUCUUAUAUCAUUCUGGUACUUAAUUUGAGACAUUUGCUAUUUUGUUAUUUUUUUUAUUCUGCGAUUUGCAACUAUAUUCUGAUUGCUUUUACAAGUUUAAAGCCACUGGCGUCCACGGCUGUGAUUUCUGCCGGAGGGAAUGUCUCGCAGAUGCUCACAAUUAGGUCUAAAAAGUGUGGAUGAUUUCCUUCGAAAUUUUCAUUCAAGAAAAAUAUCUUUAUAUUGUAAAUUCUAGUUGUUCCUGCAAGACCAGCUUUCUCUAUGAGCACCGUAAAGAACAUUGUGCAUAAUACCCUGGGAAUACCAAAGGACAAAACUUCAACAACAGGUACAGAACCGUUGGUGACUUUGUAAGCCCAGAUCAAACAAGCAUCAUUGGUAGACACGCGACCGGGGUUAGCUGUUCUUAAUGCUUUCCCAACACUAUCAUGUACAGUAAAACCCUGCAUAUAUAAGAACCUAGAUUUUUCCAAGAAUCCAAGUUAGCCUAAACAGGUUCUUAUGUAUAUGGUGCUUAUACCAGGAAACUGGACUAAACAGGUUCUUAUUUUCUUAAGAAAAAGGCGGCUCAUUUUCAGCAGGUGUGGUAUAGGAUUUAUAUAAAUUAUGCACAAAUUAUGUAACAGUCCAUGAUGCUGGAACACAUUGCUCACAGCCACCAUGGAUAAUAAAAGAAAUGGAUAGGAAACUAGCUGACGUGACCUAAUGUUUUCAAUGGGCUGAUGGCGUGGUUAGAUGUUGAAACCUGGUUGCAAACCAAAUUCUCAAAAACGGCAUGUUUAGCAAUAAUACAGCUAAACAUUUUAGUAAAAGAGCAAAUAAAUAUAACUACGCCAUUCUACGAUGAAAUCUCUAAGUAUUCCCAGUCAAUUUUAGCAAAUAUUUCAAACACUAAACAAUGAAAAAUGCAUCGCAAAUUUCGUUAAAAUUGGCGACGUCAAUUUCGUAGCUACAAAUGUAAAAAAAAUACAAAACAAAGACGAAAAACAUUUGCCUUGAAAACUUUGUCGUGGCUUAGGCAUGUUUUUAAAACAAUUAGACCAGUUUAUGCUUCAAUAUCACCCUUUUAAAGUGGAAAAUAUAGCAAAACAACAAAAAUGCCGAGAACUUUGCCAAUAGGCGUGACGUCACAGAUUGCAACUAGGUUUAGACUGUGACGUCAGGAAGUUUCCUAUCCAGUUAUUUUACAAUCCAUGCAGUCACUAGUAGUUGAGAUUGUCAUGUAUAGUAUUUUCACUGAAGAAUUACAAUUAUUGAGAGCUUGAAAUGUCACCAUGCAGUAAAAAUCCUUGACUGGCUUUUCCUUGGCUUUUCUUAACAACUAUUUAUGCCUCCUGCAACCCAAUUAUCUUACAAAUAUAACUUACAUUCUCUUCUCCAGACGAUGAUACGACAGAGCAGGUGAAAAACGACGUGGAGAGCAAAGAUGAUCACGAAGAAUUUGAAUUUGAAAUAAUUGGAUCAAACGAAAGCAUAGAGUAAGUAAACAAUGGGGAAAUUUUGGGAUUUUGGCCAUCUCGAUAGGUUUAAUACUUGAAGGGGUUUUGUUGAUGCAGUCUUAAAAUAUCUUUUACAGGGCCGUCUGACAAAAUGUCCGAUGACUGUGAGUUUGGGUCAGACAUAUUAUGAUGAUAUCCGAUGACCUUCAGUUCAGUUUGGCUCGGAAAUAAGUCUGAAUGACACAGAUUAAUAUCAGCACAAUAUAUUAAUUCUGAACUAAAUGUUGUGAAGAUAUUAAAAAAAUUGUGUCAUUCAUACUGACAUAGUUAUUUCCAAGCCAAGAUUAACUUGCUUGCCAAUAACAGCAGUGGACUUCGACAACUUUAACAGUUUUCCGCGUCACCAAUUCGCUCGCCGCCCCGCGCUCGAUUACAUUAAAACAACAUUUCCAAUUCACUUUUUAUACCGGUACUCUGAUUCUCCAUUUAACAUACGAGCCUCUAGUCCUGGACUAGAGUACAUUUUGAUUUACGUCAGACAAAGCUACAGUUCGAUCGGACACCAAUACAUGGGCGUACCGGAAGGAAAAAAUUAGGGGGGCGGAAAGAAAUUUGCCCGACUUUUCCGGAUUGUGCCCGACUAGGACCGAAAUAAUUUUUUCCGGAAUUUAUUUUGGCGACCUCCCCCCCCCCCGUCGCAAAAAAAUUUCUUUCAGUGUACCAUUUUAGGGGUCAAAAAAUUUUUUCGGACAUACCAAAAUUUUUCGGAACAUCACAAAUUUUCGAAACAUCACAAAAGUGACCACAAAAUUGACAGAAUUUAUCCAAUUUAUUUUUAUAAUAAACCAUAAUUGCCCGACUGUUGAGCGAAUAUUGCCCGACUGCCCAACAAACUGGGGGGGGGGCUACCGCUCCCCCCCCCCGCCCGGUACGCCCAUGCACCAAUACACUCGGGUCGCACAAACAAUAAACCUCAGUUUCACUUAGGUCAGACAGAAUGCCCAAUGGUUUCCUCUCUACGUCGGACAAUUUUAAGGCCUGAAAUGGAAAAUUCAAGUGUAAAUGUUUAUACAUUAUUAUACAUAUAUUAUUUUAUACAAUUCAUCAGCCUAUCAACAUCAAAAUACGAUUUAAAGUUCAUGUCUUGUCCUCUUUAUAAAUUUUUCAGAAAGGCAAAACAGAAGAUCGAGAGCAUUAUCAGCCAUGCGAAACGUUUGGAAAACCACACAAGUUUGAAAAGAAGUUUUUCAGAGGGUAUUUCUUUUUUUUACUUUAUUGCUUUUUAUGGUUGAGCAAACAUACCAGCCACGUUCUAUACGCAUAUAAUAUAAGCUUCUCUGUCUUUUUUUCAGGUGAUGAUUUCAACAGAUACUUUCGGAACAGGUAUACUAGCUACAGUAUACAGUAUAUGGUGUACAAUGUAACAGUGUUGUUAAAUUCUUCUUACUUAUUGUUUUUAGCUUAGAGACACAGUUGCUCUAUUCUUUAAUAGCGUAUCCCUCAUGAAAUAAAGUUGAUUUGGUUUGAUUUUAUUUUGAAAGGAAAAAAGUCAUCAUCAAAGUUUCUGAUAAAUAUGUUGGCCGAGGUAAAGUUUUCUGUAUGACAUUUGCCAUAAUAAUAGUACCAUCCUGACAUGAUCCAGUGAUCAGAAUGUUCCAUUGUCUUAUCAUUGUUUUGAAAAUCCCACUGUCCUACAUGCCAUCCAGUCAUGAUCCGGUGAUCAGAAUGUUCCAUUGUCUUUUCAUUGUUUUGAAAAUCCCACUGUUCUCAAUGCCAUCCAGUCAUGAUCCAGUGAUCAGAAUGUUUCAUUGUCUUAUCAUUGUUUUGAAAAUCCCACUGUUCUCCAUGCCAUCCAGUCAUGAUCCAGUGAUCAGAAUGUUCCAUUGUCUUUUCAUUGUUUUGGAAAUCACACUGUUCUCCAUGCCAUCCAGUCAUGAUCCAGUGAUCAGAAUGUUUCAUUGUCUUUUCAUUGUUUUGAAAAUCCCACUGUUCUCCAUGUCAUCCAGUCAUGAUCCAGUGAUCAGAAUGUUUCAUUGUCUUUUCAUUGUUUUGAAAAUCUCACUGUUCUCCAUGCCAUCCAGUCAUGAUCCAGUGAUCAGAAUGUUUCAUUGUCUUUUCAUUGUUUUGAAAAUCUCACUGUUCUCCAUGCCAUCCAGUCAUGAUCAAGCGAUCAGAAUGUUCCAUUGUCUCUUCAUUGUUUUGAAAAUUUCGCUGUUCUCCAUGCCAUCCAGUCAUGAUCAAGUAAUCAGAAUGUUCCAUUGUCUUUUCAUUGUUUUGAAAAUCUCACUGUUCUCCAUGCCAUCCAGUCAUGAUCCAGUGAUCAGAAUGUUCCAUUGUCUUUUCAUUGUUUUGAAAAUCCCACUGUUCUCCAUGCCAUCCAGUCAUGAUCCAGUGAUCAGAAUGCUCCAUUGUCUUUUCAUUGUUUUGAAAAUCCCACUGUUCUCCAUGCCAUCCAGUCAUGAUCCAGUGAUCAUAAUGUUCCAUUGUCUUUUCAUUGUUUUGAAAAUCCCACUGUUCUCCAUGCCAUCCAGUCAUGAUCUAGUGAUCAGAAUGUUCCAUUGUCUUUUCAUUGUUUUGGAAAUCACACUGUUCUCCAUGCCACCCAGUCAUGAUCCAGUGAUCAGAAUGUUCCAUUGUCUUUUCAUUGUUUUGAAAAUCCCACUGUUCUCAAUGCCAUCCAGUCAUGAUCCAGUGAUCAGAAUGUUUCAUUGUCUUAUCAUUGUUUUGAAAAUCCCACUGUUCUCCAUGCCAUCCAGUCAUGAUCCAGUGAUCAGAAUGUUCCAUUGUCUUUUCAUUGUUUUGGAAAUCACACUGUUCUCCAUGCCAUCCAGUCAUGAUCCAGUGAUCAGAAUGCUCCAUUGUCUUUUCAUUGUUUUGGAAAUCACACUGUUCUCCAUGCCAUCCAGUCAUGAUCCAGUGAUCAGAAUGUUUCAUUGUCUUUUCAUUGUUUUGGAAAUCACACUGUUCUCCAUGCCAUCCAGUCACGAUCCAGUGAUCAGAAUGUUCCAUAAUUGUCUUUUCAUUGUUUUGAAAAUCCCACUGUUCUCCAUGCCAUCCAGUCACGAUCCAGUGAUCAGAAUGUUCCAUUGUCUUUUCAUUGUUUUGAAAAUCCCACUGUUCUCAAUGCCAUCCAGUCAUGAUCCAGUGAUCAGAAUGUUCCAUUGUCUUUUCAUUAUUUUGAAAAUCCCACUGUUCUCCAUGCCAUCCAGUCAUGAUCCAGUGAUCAGAAUGUUCCAUUGUCUUUUCAUUAUUUUGAAAAUCCCACUGUUCUCCAUGCCAUCCAGUUACUCAUUGUAUUGACUUGUUCGUGACGUUAUGCAAAGGGCUAUUCUCCCACACUCAGUGGUUAGAAUGUGUCAUUGUCUUGCCUUUGGUUUGAAAUCCCUACGAGUACUGUCCACAACUUCCACGAAGCUCAUUAUUCGUUUUCUCCUGCUAGUAAUUGGAAGUGGUGGCAGUAUGAUUAUGACAAUUGAGGAGGAAUCUGGAGCGAAGGUGACGUUUCUUAAAGACAGAAGGACAGAGAAAUACAGAGCUACGCAACAAGAGAGGGAUAUAGAGAACAGGAAAGAGGAAUUACAGAAUGAAUUGGCCAAAGAUGGAGAACAAGAUGAAAGGAAAGACGUGGAGGAGCCAGUUGAGCCACAGAGCGAAACAACACGAGAGCGGAACGUGGAAGAAAGCAAGGAACACAUGACAGUCAUAGAGGAAGGGCAAUUUCAAGACGAACAAAAAUCCGUGGAGUCAGGAAUAUGUAGCGAGGAAAAACAAAGUGGGGGAGAUCUUUUCCUACCUGAGAAAGGUGAUGUGAAACUUAAGGAAAUAAUAAAGGCAGAGGUGUAACUUUACUAUUUUGACCACUUGCCCUCAGGGCAAGUUGGACAUGAAAAUUGGUUGCCAUGAAUAAAAUCCACUUGCCAUCAGACAAUGACCAAUUAAAGGGACAACAUGUCGACCCGUUCUCCCACUUCUCUAUAUGGCUAUGUUAUACUGCCUCAGAUCUAGCUUUGGAACACACAAAAAAAUUUUGAAUCAAGUACUAUAAAAGUACUAUUUUGAAUCAAGCACUAUAAAAAAUUUGUCCGACAAUGAAAACAUAAACUUAAAGAUGCCCAGCUUUUUGUGGCAAGGCAACUUGCCCAAUCGGGCAAGCAAGAUAAAACGUUUACUUGUCCAUCUCAAAUUCAUUAAUAAUUCAUGAGUAAUUCAGCCAAUGAUAAUCACCUAUUUGAUCACAAGAUGCCAUUUGGAUACUUGAUGAAAGUCACUAGUGUUUUCAUCAAAUAUCUUAAUUACGCAUGCAAAAUUACUUGAAUAGAAUUCCUAAUUACGUUAUGCUUGGUUAAGAAUUCUAUUCAAAUCAGCAAACGAAAAUAUUCUGUUACGUCUCGAUUCAUUUGAGAAGCCAUAUAAACAACUCGAGCUCGUGUCUCACCGGGAUAUCCAAACACUCGAAAACAAUGUAUGAAAACACUCGCGCUUCGCGCUCGUGUUCUCAUACAUUGUUUUCUCGUGUUUGGAUAUCCCGGUGAAACACUCGCUCUCGUUGUUCAUAUCUUACAUCUCAAACUCAUUAAUAAUUCAUGAGCAAAUUAGCGAAUGAACUCACCCUAAUUCGUCACAUGAUUGAGGUUAGAUACCGCAAGGAAACACGCUAAAAAUCAUAUACCAUCACUGUUGUUAGAUGAAAAACGGUUUUCAUCUAAUAACUGAGAUCCUAAUUACAAAUUCAAGUCAAAACACAACAAUAUACUAUAAUAAUAUAUAUAAGCCAAUGAAAUGUUUUCGUUUGAGAUGUUGUGUAAACAACUCGUUUCUCGUGUUUCAUCAGGGGACCAAACACUCGAAAACAAUAAAACACUCGCGCUUCGCGCUCGUGUUUCAUGCAGUUUUCUCGUGUUUGGAUCCCCUGAUGAAACACUCAAACUCGUUGUUUACAUAUAACAUCAUGAUAUUCACUUGCCCCAGGCAAGCGGGCAAGUGUUAAGUUAUACCUCUGAAUAAAGGCGAUGAAUAUAAGCGUAGAAUAGAACAAAGGUAACCAAUGGGCCUGUUUGAGUCCCUGCAUAGAAUCAUAGAAUAUGUAUUGAAUGCUGUAUUUAUCUAUUUUGUCUCCUAGGCGACACUUGUGAGGAAAGUCCACGGAUUGUCCACGCAAAAGUUGAAGGAAAGGCAAAUGAGGCAUUUGACUUUGAAAUAAGUGGAACGGAUGAACAGAUAGAGUAAUGAAUUAUUUGUUGUGUUAAAACUCGAUUGACUUUAUUUAUGCUGGGUAUCUGUUCUAAAUUGUUCUUUCAUUAUUAUUCUUGAUGUUCAGAAAAGCGACGAAGAAAAUUGAAUACAUCAUGAAACUGGUUGAUAAUGGGGAGAAGAAACCAUUCACGAGAAGUUUCAGUUGUUCUACUCCAAGAAGAGGUACUUGGUUUGAUCACAAUUUAAUUAUCAUCAUCGUUAUCACUCAUUAUCAUUAUGAUCUUCAUUGUCAUUAUCAUCAUUAUAAUUAUUAUUAUCAUCAUCAUUAUCGUUUAUCAUUAUCUUAAUUAUUAUCAUUAUUAUUAUUGUCAUCAUAAUUAUUAUUAUCAUUAACAUAAUUAUCAUCAUUAUUGUCAUCAAUAUCAUUAACAUGAUCACUAUCAUCCGCAUUAUUAUCAUCAUUAGUAUUAUCAUUACCAUUAUUAUCAUCAUCAUUAUCGUCAUCAUAAUCAUUAACAUGAUUAUUAUCAUCAUCAUUAUCAUCAUCGUUAUCGUCAUCAUGAUCAUUAACAUGAUCAUCAUAAUUAUUAUAAUCAUUAUCGUCAUCACAACCAUUAUUAACAUAUUAUUUUCACCAUUAUCAUAAUUAUUCUCGUCAUCAUAAUUACUAUUAUCAUCCUCAUCAUUAUCAUCCUGAUCAUUAUCAUCAUCAUCAUUAUCAUCAUCAUCAUAAUUAGCAUCAUCAUCAUCAUAAACAUCAUCAUAAUCAUCAUUAACAUUUUGAUCAUCAUCAUCACACUAAGAUGCAAGAUCAGACGGGUGAUCCAUCUCCAAUUUUGAUCAUUAAUUUCUCAAGUACAUUUCUUCAGGGUAAACCCAGCGAUUUAUUUGCCUAUUUUUUCCACGUCAGGUUUCAAGCAAUUCCAACGCAGUCUGUCUUGUCCUAUCCCGGACUGGGGUGAGAGCUGUACAGGAGAGUGUGCCAGCUGUCAGAAAGGUUCUUAUUGCAGGUCGUUUCUUUUGCAAAAAUCCGAGUCUCCAUCUUGCUGGAUAAGGCCUGAGGUGCUCGCACUCACGCAAGAUGCUGACUGGGCUGAGUUUAUUGUUAAAACAAAGGUAGGUGUAAUAUAA